AUGAAGGAUCCACUCCGGCUGCGCGAAGAGUCCGAUGCACGGUCGCGCAAGGUCCAGUGGAAUGCAUCGACAAAGCUGACGACGGCGCGGCCAGCGCCAACGAGCCCGCGUCGCGACCCGCCAGCUGCGUCUCCGCCCGUGCAAGCCGCCGAGGAUGACGGCGCCCGGCGACUCAUCGAGCGGGCGUUUGAAAACGUAUGGGCUCGCGACAUCAUCGGCCACGCAUCGUCGUCGCCAACGAAGCCGAAACUGGACGUUGUGGACGAGCCGCCACCGAUUGUAUUGGACCGCCGCCUGUCGAUCGACGUCGGUCCGCCUCAACGAACGACCGAGCUGCUCCAGCUGGAACUCGAUCGCACGCAGCGCAAGAUUGCCAUCCAAGCCUUUCGCGCCCACUAA